AUGUGUGAGCGCAGUCUCUACAGAGCGGGCUAUGUGGGCUCGCUUCUGAAUUUGCAGUCGCCAGACUCUUUCUACUUCUCCAACCUGCGGCCGAAUGGCGGCCAGUUGCCCGCGCUUCCCCCUAUCUCCUACCCGCGCGGCGCGCUGCCCUGGGCCGCCACGCCGGCCUCCUGCGCCCCCGCGCAGCCUGCGGGCGCCACUGCCUUCGGCGGCUUCUCGCAGCCCUACCUAGCUGGCUCCGGGCCUCUCGGCCUGCAGCCCACAACAGCCAAGGACGGACCCGAAGAGCAGGCUAAGUUCUAUGCGCCCGAAGCGGCCUCUGGGCCUGAGGAGCGCUGUCGUACCCGGCCUUCCUUCGCCCCCGAGUCUAGCCUGGCCCCUGCAGUGGCUGCUCUCAAAGCGGCCAAGUAUGACUACGCGGGCGUGGGUCGUGCCACGCCGGGCUCCGCGACCCUGCUCCAGGGCGCUCCCUGCGCCCCUGGCUUCAAGGACGACACCAAGGGCUCGCUCAACUUGAACAUGACAGUGCAGGCGGCGGGCGUUGCCUCCUGCCUGCGACCUUCACUGCCCGACGGCCUGCCGUGGGGGGCGGCCCCGGGGAGGGCCCGCAAGAAGCGGAAACCCUACACGAAGCAGCAGAUUGCGGAGUUGGAGAACGAAUUCCUCGUCAACGAAUUCAUCAACCGGCAGAAACGCAAGGAAUUGUCCAAUAGGCUGAACCUCAGCGAUCAGCAGGUCAAAAUCUGGUUCCAGAACAGGCGUAUGAAGAAGAAGCGCGUGGUGCUGAGGGAGCAGGCGCUGGCGCUCUAUUAG